AGCGCCUAGACUUUCAGCUGCAAUCAGGUAGCUGUGGACAACUGUGCCUUGAUUCGGGAAGCGGUUUCCGGUAAAGGCGGCGUUUACUCGCAGUAGUUUUAAUGUAAACUUUCUUUUAAAACGUAAACGUUGGAAAGGAACUACCAGAGCCCAGAAUGGACAUUCAUACCAAAUACAUUUUUCUGUCCGCUCUGUGCAUUCUUACAGCGGAGGCAGACGCAGGAUCUGGAUACACACCAGUAGAAGAUGAUGAAGAGAUUUAUGCAAAUGAAGCACGCUACUCUAGAUAUGAAGAUAUUCCAGAGUGUGCUCCUCUAAAAGUCAAAAAUGGUUAUGUCAGGUGCAGAACACCACAAGGUGUACAUUACCAAAAUGCACAGGGAACAGUGUGUGAUGUUUCUUGCCGGCACGGGUAUGAAAUUCAUGGACUUAGCCGUGUCCAUUGUCUUUCAAGCAAACGCUGGUCACAAACAGUUACUUGCAGAGAAAUACGAUGUCCCAAGCUUUCAUUGCCAAUUCAUGGGGCUGCAAAGUGCUCAGAUGGAGCCUAUUUUAAAUCGAAGUGCGAGUUUUAUUGUACACCUGGAUAUCAAGUUAAGGGAACAAAGGAUGUGAUUUGCAUGCACAAUAAAGUGUGGAGUGGAAAGGAGCCAUCUUGUCUUGAUGUAGACCCUCCACAAAUAAAGUGCCCCAGCUUCAAGCAGAAGACAGCUGAGCCUGAAAAGCUGACUGUCCGGGUGAACUGGGAUACUCCUGAAGGAAAAGAUACAGCAGAUGGCAUUUUGACAAAUGUAAUAUUGAAGGGCCGCCCUCCUCGCUCAGAAUUUCCUGAAGGUGAACAUAAAAUUCAGUACACUGUUUUUGACAGGGCUGGGAACAAGGCUUCAUGUCGAUUUACAAUUAAAGUGGAAGUUAGACGCUGUGGGAAGCUCGUUGCGCCAGAUAAUGGCUACGUGAGAUGCACCAGUGAUGGGGAUAACUAUGGGGCCACCUGUGAAUUUAAUUGUGUGGGUGGCUACGAACUGAAAGGAAGCAAAGCGAGCGUCUGUCAGUACAACCGUGCCUGGUCAGCACCUGCUCCAGUCUGUGCGCCCAUGAACAUUAAUGUACGUGUUACCACAGCAGCGGCACUUCUGGAGCAGUUUUAUGAGAAGCGUCGAUUGCUGAUCAUAUCCACCCCUACUGCUGCCAAUCAUUACUAUCGAUUUCAGCUAGGAAUAAACCAGCAAGCUAUAUGUGGCUUUGACUUGAGACAUGUGACAGUCAUAGAACUAGUUGGUGUUUACCCUGUGCUAAUAGGGAGGAUAAGAGAACAAUUCCUGUCACCAUUCCUUGUUUUACAACUGAGGUUGCUGCUCCGGAUUUCCCAGUCAAGCUUCAACAUGGUCCUUAUUGAUAAAUAUGGCAUGGAUAAGGAACGCUAUCCUUUCCCAGUUACUGCUGCUGAACUGUUUACAUUGAUUGACACAUUUGCUUUGCGAAAAGAAGAAAUCAAAUUGCAAGCAGAAAGUGGUCAGUCAUGUGUUUGAUUCCUAAAGCUAACUUUAUCCUUCAUUGGAACAAUUGCAGUUUGCUACGUUAAACUUCAAGUUGCACUCUUGUACCUUGAAAGUGCCAUUAAUAUAUAAAAAGUAUGCUGUAAAACUUUCUGUUUGCUGAAAAUUCUGCUUGGGUGCAGCAUAGCGUUUUAUUAUUAUGAAUAUGUGAAAUACUGUGCAUGGUGUAAUUUAUGUCCUUUUUCCUUAAAAAAAACUCUACACCACAGAAGAUAAGUUUGAAAACAAUACACAUGGAACAAUUUUCCUAGUUUUGGAAAAUAUGCUACAAAUAUUAGUUUAUUGUUUUCACUUUGUUCUGACAGGGUAGAUUAUGUGUUGCCACCAUGAUGAAUGUUAACUGUUAGUUCUCAUUACCAGCUAAUGCCACCUUUUAUUUGUCACACUUGAUCCUUUCUACAUUGACCUGCUCAAUUCUGGACAUUUAAUUAAAAUGUUUUGUUGUGAAUGUGAGGAUCU